CUCACUCACUCACUCACUCACUCACUCACUUAUUUUAAUUAUCAUUAUAAUGGAUACAGAAUAUAGAAAAAAAGUAAACUCUCCUCAUGAAUCUGAUAAAGAUACUUGUGAAUAUGUAGAAGAAACAUGGCUUCCUGCUAUUAAACGCCGUCGUAGAUUCACGAUAAACGAAACUCGAAUUUUAGAAGAAGAAUAUGAAAUCAAUUCUAGUCCAAAUCAAGAAAAGAUACAAGCUAUAGCAAAUCGUAUAUCGACUCCACGAAAAAUCGUGACGACUUGGUUUCAAAACAGAAGGGCGAAAAACAAAAGACGACAAAGGAUAGCGAAAAAAGAAGAAGAAGAAGAUGAUGAUGAUGAAGAAGAAGAUUUGUCUUCUCAAAAUGCUACAGAAGAAGAGCAAGCAAUAAAUGAUAUAAUUCCAAACGAUAGUAAUGAAAACAAUGAUCAUAUUGCUAAUGAGAUAAUUGUAAAUGAAAAUGCCUAUUAUGCAACUAAUGUGAAUUCUACUAUCGAGACGUCACUUCAAAACAGUGAUAAUAUAACAGAAUUAGGAAGUAAUCAUGUUGAGCUCAUGGCAUCUUCUGAUCCAUGUGUUGAGCAAAAGGUUAUUCCUACUACUGAAGCAGAGCUUCGGCUAUGGCUGCCACUCUUUAAUACACAUGAUAACCAACAUCAAGAUAUUAUUCUAAAUAAUUAUUUCCCGUAUCUGCACAACAAUAGCAAUGAGCAAAAUCUUAGUUAUAAUCACAGAUCCCAUGAAUUCCUGCAACAACAAGAAAGUUAUGCUACAAUCGAUGAUGAUCUUAUCGACAAAGGACGAGUUUUCCCUUAUUACAUAAAUGAGCUCUUUCCUGUUUCUAAUCCAACUUUUACAGUCUUAAAUAGCGAGAAUCAGUUUUAUAUUAGUCCUUUAGAUUUAAACUUCUAUCAUCAUUAUCAAGGUGAAGAAGAGGAAUGAAUACUUGUCUAAUUGAUUAUUUCUAUAUAUUAUAUAAAUAAAGAGUUUUUUUUUGUUUUUACUAUUAAUAAAUUUAAAGAAUAAACAAG